AUGGCGAUGCCAGACGACGGUGGUGAUGCGGCCGCGCUGCAGAGACAGCGGAGCAUUGACCAGGCCGUGGUCGAGGGCCACGACGCCGACAUCCCGUCCGACAUAAGCCACGCCAUCGCGGAGCAGCAGCAGCGGCGCGCCUCGCUCGCCCGUAAACGCAGUCUGUCAGGCGACGUCGAGAAGGACGCCAAAGACAACGAUGCCCCUGUCGCUGACGACGACGACCCGAACAUCGUCUGGUGGAACGACAACGACCCGGCCAACCCCUACAACUGGCCAACGUGGACCAAGGUGCUUAACUGCGUGCUGAUCCGCGGUACUGCCAAGCCUUCGAGCGGGGAGACGUUUACGCUCACGCGCAAGCUCUCCAAGCUGAGCCUCAAGGGAAGCUACCGCAGGCUCAAGGAGGUGCCGGGCAAGUUCAAGCGGUCUCGAGUUGCGUCGUUAUUCCAUAAACCGAAGAAGAGGAGCGCGUCGGAGAACAGGAGUAUGGCGAGGAGCGUCUUUGGUGCGGUCCUCCCUCUUCUUGGCCUCAAAAUGUACGAGGCACUCGGGCUCGGCUGGGGAAACAAUCUGUUGGCGUUUAUCGCGGUGGCCAUAGCCCCCGGCGCGUUCUCGAUAAUUCGGUAUGGCGAGCUUCUGAGAACGAAAUAUCCGAUCAAGAACCUGUGA